AUGCUCAGAGCUUCCAAGGCAUUGGGAAGCUUCAUUUCCACGCCACGCAAAGCAAACAUACUACGUACAAUGGCAACGUUUAGUGUCCCUCAGACACAGAAGGCCAUUGUCUUCAACGAAUUGAACGGACCAUUGGAAUACAAAGAUAUCCCUGUUCCAAAGCCAAAGCCAGAUGAGAUCCUCAUCAACGUUUUGUACUCUGGUGUCUGUCACAGUGACUUGCACGUCUGGAAAGGUGAUUGGCCUGUUGUUCCUAAACUACCACUUGUUGGAGGCCACGAAGGUGCUGGUAUCGUCGUUGCCAAAGGUGACCAGGUGACGAACUUCGAGAUUGGUGACUAUGCCGGUAUCAAAGGCUUGUACAGUUCUUGUAUGUCAUGUGAGUACUGUGAGAACUCUUACGAGCCAAACUGUUUGGAUGCAGUGCUUACUGGUUGUCAACACGAUGGCUCCUUCCAACAGUAUGCCACUGCCAAUGCGGUUCAAGCUGCAAAGAUCCCAAAGGAGACAAACUUGGCCGAAGUCGCCCCUAUCUUGUGUGCUGGUAUCACAGUUUACAAGGCGUUGAAGACUGCAGAGUUGAAAGCUGGUGAAUGGGUUGCCAUUUCCGGUGCUGGUGGUGGUCUAGGCUCCGUCGCUGUUCAAUACGCAAAGGCCAUGGGCUACAGAGUGCUCGGUAUUGACGCCGGUCACAAGGAAGCACUUGUCCGUGAGUUGGGCGCAGAGGCCUUCGUCGACUUUGAAACCACUCCAGACCUUGUUGAGGAGAUCAUCACAAAGACCAAAGGUGGUCCACAUGGUGUCAUCAACGUUUCUGUGAGUGACAGGGCCAUUUCGCAGUCCACUCAGUUUGUUAGACCAACCGGUAAAGUUGUCCUUGUCGGUCUCCCACCAGCUGCUGUUUGCAAGUCCGAUGUCUUGAGCCACGUCGUCAAGUCCAUGCAAAUCAGAGGUUCAUAUGUCGGUAACAGAGCUGACAGUCGUGAAGCCAUUGAGUUUUACACAAGAGGUUUGGUGAAGUCUCCAAUCAAGAUUGUUGGCUUGUCCGAGUUACCAUCUGUCUUCAAGUUGAUGGAGGAGAACAAAAUCUUGGGCCGUUACGUUGUAGACACCUCAAGAUGA